UUCUCCCUUUAUGUCACCUCCCCUCAACAACUAACUCAUUUCACCACACUACACACAAAAACUCUUCCCCCUUUUCUGUUAUUGCCCAAAACAUAAUUCCAACUCUACCUUCCCUCCAUUCCCCCAUGAACAACACUCUCACUAAUCCACCUUCCCCGCCCCUCAUCUUUCUUCCACCACCACCACCUUCACAUUAGCAUUACCCUUUUUUCAUCAACCAACCCUAAUUACUCUCCAUGGAUCCCUGCCCUUUCGUCAGGCUAACCGUAGGCAACCUCGCCCUCAAAAUCCCCGUUGCUUCCAAACCGGCGCGCUCUGUUGUCCAUCCUUCUUCUUCACCCUGCUUCUGCAAAAUCAAGCUCAAGAGCUUCCCUCUACAGUCCGCUGUUGUUCCCUUCAUCCCUCCCGAGAACAACCUCCCCGACUCCCACGUCCACCCCAUCGCCGCAACCUUUCACCUCAGCAAGUGUGAUCUCGACAAGCUUGCUGGAAAAUCUAUCUUCGCCGGGAAGCUCUGCCUCAAAAUCUCGAUCUAUACCGGCCGUAGAGGUACUACAUGUGGCGUCAACUCUGGGAGACUCUUGGGUAAAGUGUCUGUGCCUUUGGAUCUUGCCGGAACAGUAGCGAAGACAACCGUGUUCCACAAUGGCUGGAUUAGGAUAGGGAAAGACGCCAAAGGCUCUUCCGCGCAGUUCCAUUUAAAUGUAAAAGCCGAACCCGACCCCAGAUUCGUCUUUCAGUUCGAUGGCGAACCUGAAUGCAGCCCCCAAGUUUUCCAGAUCCAGGGCAACAUCUCACAGCCAGUUUUCACCUGCAAGUUCAGUUUCAGAAACACCGGCGACCGAAAUCACCGUUCCAGGUCGUUACAGUCAGAACCGGGAGGUUCUAGAAGCUGGUUGAGCUCAUUCGGAAGUGAGCGCGAGCGUCUGGGGAAAGAGCGCAAGGGAUGGUCCAUUACGGUUCACGACCUUUCCGGUUCGCCGGUUGCGGCAGCUUCCAUGGUCACGCCUUUUGUCGCUUCGCCCGGUUCGGACCGGGUCAGCUGCUCCACUCCCGGUUCGUGGCUGAUUCUUCGUCCCAGCGACGGUACAUGGAAGCCCUGGGGGAGGCUCGAGGCAUGGCGCGAGCGUGGCGGCUCCGACGGCCUUGGCUACCGCUUCGAGCUCAUACCGGACACCAACGGCGGCAUGAGCGCUGCCGGCAUAGUGCUUGCAGAGUCCACACUGAGCUCUUCCAAAGGAGGAAAGUUUGUCAUUGAUAUGAGUUGUCAUAGCGGAGGAAACAACAACGGCGGAUCGAACGGCCGCGCCACGCCGGGGAGUGCAACAUCGCCGGCAUGCAGCCCGAAGAGCAGCGGAGACUAUGGAUAUGGCCUCUGGCCCUACUGUAUGUAUAGAGGUUUUGUGAUGUCAGCGAGCGUGGAGGGCGAGGGGAGGUGCAGCAAGCCUAAGGUGGAGGUUAGCGUGCCACACGUGAACUGCACGGAGGAUGCGGCGGCGUUCGUAGCGCUAGCCGCCGCCGUGGAUCUGAGCGUUGAUGCCUGCAGGCUUUUCUCUCAACGGCUUAGGAAGGAGCUGUGCCAGCAGGUGGAAUUGGUUGGGUGAUUACGGCGUUUUUUCUUUGUCGUCUGGUGUUUUGCCCCUUUCCGUUUUUUAAAUUUUUUAGUGGGGUUGUUCAUUUUGAGUGAGGCAUUUUACUACUAACAAACAAUUUACAGGCUGUACAGAGGGAUGAGAGUAAGGAAGUAUUAGAGUGGGCUCAGUGUAUUCACGUGUGGCUUUUCAUUGAUUUUCUGUCUUUUUUUUAAACAAUUAUGGGAAAUCAAGAAAAAGCUUUUUUUUUCUUAAAUUUAUUUUUUAGCAGAA